AUGCUCGUCGACUCUUUCUACUUGAGGAUCCAGACUUUUUCGGCAGGACUUGCUCUGCUCGACGGAGAUCUCCUCUCCAUCGGCCCCGACCUCAAAACUCAACUCGGUGCGACAGAUCACUCGUCGACGAGUAUGCAGGCUCUUGUCUUUGUCGCUGCUGUCUCCGCCACCCAAGACUCGAUAUUUGCUGAUGUCCUAUGUCCUGUGCGAGGAGGCUUCUCCAACCAUCCGAACUCUUGUGGGUGACCUAGCGCCCUGCCGGCUCGCCUCGAGAUUGAGAACGAAGGUGUCACGAAUGGGAGUUUCGCCACUCCAAGUUCGGCCUCUCAGCACCCACGUCAUCCGCGUGACUUGGGCCUUCCCGCGCUUCGGACCUCCUCUCCCCGCUUCGGCACCUGCACUGCCUUCUUCUCCUCCAACUAUACGCUCACAACCCUCUCGCCCCCGACUCUUACGUGAACAUCAACCAAGCUCUAUUACGUGAUCCUUGGCCUCAACACUAUUACGUGAUCCUCGUGCCUCGCCUCCUCAAGCUCGCCACCUCGUCCCCGACUCCUCUGGUCUAGUUUCCCAGUUCCGUAGCUCACUUCUCUCUUUCCCUUCUGCAACUCGAAUCUCGUCAAAGGUCACAUCCUUGCACUCGUCCCUCGUCCUCGCCUCUUGUGAGAAGUCCCUAGAACACCUCUCAACUCGUCACUCGCCCUUGCCCUCGUCUCGAGCCCCUUCGUCCGGCUCACCUCUCCUAUCUUCGUCCUUCGUGAUAUAGACGCGCUGGAACUCGCAUACGGCAUCAAACGUCUCGGACCUGCCGAAUAUAUUCUAGGCAUCCAAGUCAAACGUGGACAAGACGGCUCUAUCACGCUCUCACAAGAGCGCUACCUUCGGGACAUCCUUGCCAGGUUCCAAUUCACCGAUGCCAAGCCGGCAAGUAUUCCAAUGCAGCCAGGUGUCGUCCUUGACUUCGAGGACUUGGCGGCCACUCCUCAGGAUCGUACGCGCUACUUGCAGGCCAUCGGUUCGUUGAUGUACGCCGCAGUUGGAACUCGUCCGGACCUCGCCUUCGUGGUCAGCUACCUCGCUCGCUUCUCCCAGCAGCCUGGCCCGGAGCAUUGGACAGCCAUCAAGCAGGUCCUCCGUUACAUCAAAGGCACGCUGGACUUGGGCCUCACCUAUCGCAAGACCAGCCAACCACUCCGUGGCUACUCGGAUGCGAACUGGGGAGCCUGUCUAACGACCUCACGAUCGACCAUGGGCUACGCGUUCAUCUUGUCCGGAGCCGCUAUUGCUUGGUGCUCCAAACGCGAGCACAGGGUGGCCAAGUCCACUACCGACGCAGAGUACCUCUCUCUUUCGUACACAAGCGGUGAUGCCAUCCACCUGAGCGAACUCCUGGCUGAACUUGGCGCUCCGGUCUCCGGUCCAGUCGUACUCUACGGGGACAACCAAGGUUCGCUGGCUCUUGCGCAGCACCCGACCAACCAUCAGGGGUCUCGUCAUGUUCGCAUCUCGGAACAUUGCGUCCGCGAGAGGGUAGCUGAGAAGGAGAUCGAGGUCCGCUACAUCGCCACCGGCGACAUGAUUGCCGAUAUUUUCACCAAAGCCUUGGGUCCCAAGCCGUUCAUGUUCCAUCGGGAGAAUUUGGGUUUGCGAGGUGCAGUGGUAUGACAGCACGGGGGGGUGUCAAUAUAUUGCUGUUUCAUCCCACUGGUAUUCCCGAUUAUGAUUAGUUACUAGUUGUUGAUAUUAGUCGCCCCGCGCGUCUCGAGCCUGCCUCGCGCGCGCUCCCUUAGCGCUUAUCUUCUUUCUCCAACUAUCUUUACUAUCUUCAUCGGCUCUCGUACUUACGCACUUCGUGCCUCGGCCUCAGUUCCUGAAAGUAAACGCAGUUGCAGCGGCGAACUUCUGCACGAAGAUCGACCUUCAAGGUGCUUUCCAACAAAGUCGCAUCAAGGACGAAGAUGUGAAGAAGACCGCGUUCAGCACCCCUAACGGGAUCCUGUACUCACUUGUCGCUCAACAAGGCGAUCGCAACAGCACGGUUACACUACACCGGCUCGUCUCAUUUGCUUUUGCUGGACUCAUCAAUCGCAAGAUCAAACAUUACGCCGACGACCUGUGGCCCAUCUCUAAUACCUGGGCCGAACACAAACGGGAUGUCCGCGAGACUCUCGAGCGAGCCGAAGUCCACGGCAUCCGCAUUCCUAUCUCAAAGUUCAAAUUCGCUACAGAGAUUCGCGACUCUCUGGGCAGGAAGAUUCGCCCGGGAGAAAGCUCGAUGCAGCCGGAAAAGGCGGCUGGCAUCCGAGCUACCCCAGCUCCUAAGAACAAGAAGGAUCUUCAACGUUUCCUAGGAGCGGUGGAAUAUAACCAUCGAUCAAUCCCGCACCUUGCCGAGCUAGCGGCGCCCUUGGAUGCACUGACAGGGGUGAACAGCCCCUGGAGAUGGUCCCGAGCUUGCAGCGACGCUUUUGAAAGUAUCAAGGCUGCAUUUGACGACAGUGCCAAACUCACCUGCAUUCGCUCAGACGAGCUUGCACCCGAUGGUACCUUCCCAGUCCACCUAGACACCCCUCCCGGCCGAAGGAGAAAAGGUGCCAGAGAACGAAUCCAAAGGGAAGUACCUCUUCCUCCAAUUCGACGCCUCAGGUACAGGAGUCGGCUACAUGCUAAGCAUCCACGGGCUACCACUCGCGAAAGUUCUCGCCUUCCCAAUUCAAUUACAACACCCAGAACCAAGAGCUCCAGGGCAUGUACGAAGGAUUUCAACGCUUCGAAACAAAGCUGCGAGGACGUCCAUUCAUCGUCCUCACGGACAGCCAGACUCUUGCGAAGUUCACAACACUCCCAACGCUGUCUAGAAAACAGACGCGCAUGUAUCUCUACUUCUCGGAAUUUGCAUACACGGCUGAGCACACCGCAGGCAAGGCGAACGCCAUGCCCGACAUGUUAUCGCAACCCCCUUGCGAUGCACCCACCUACCCUGACCCAUGGGCCCCGAAGUAUAUGGUUAGGGUUAGGGUUAGGGUUAGGGUUAGGGUUAGGGUUAGGGUUAGGGUUAGGGUUAGGGUUAGGGUUAGGGGUUAG